GCCGGCUGAAGCGAGGCGAGCGCCGGCAGCGGUGAGGCUGAAACUGAAAUACCUGGUCUUGGACUUGCAGCAAUGGGCAGAACGUAUUUUGUUGAGGAAACUGUUGGGCAGUACCUUUCAGACCUCAGCGUAAAGUUUAAGCCUUAUGUCACUGGGUUGUUAAUAGGGCAGUGUUCUCCGCAAAGAGACUACAUAAUUCGAGCUGCUCGAACACCUCCAAAGGAAGAUCAGAAGGAAGGCAACACCAGUCCUUCAAAACUGGAUUCCAUUGACGAAGAAUGGAUCACUGCACAUGCCAGUCAGGUUUCUAGAAUGCUUCCUGGAGGCUUAUUAGUUGUUGGUGUGUUUAUAAUUGUAACUCCAGAACUGUCAAAAGAUAGCCAAAAUGUUUUACGCAGGCUAAUCUUUUCUAUAGAAAAGUCCUUGACUAAAAGACGGCUCUGGAAACCUGCUGACGAGGAUGUCUCGGACAGAGCAGCUCUUCAAGUUUGUUCUGCUACAAAAAAAAUAGUUUGCCGGACCUAUGACGUACAAGAUCCAAAGGGUUCAGCUAAACCAGCAGACUGGAAAUAUCAAAAUGCUCUGUCUGCUUCCUGGUUAUCCUUGGGCUGCACGGUAAAUGUUAACAUCCACAUUCCACUUCUUGCGACUUCACCCAACCAUGACUUGGAGAAGAAUACCAAGAAUGGGUUAAAUCGAUGGUCAAAGCAGAUAGAAGAUAGUAUUUUUCUGAUCAAUGGACAAGUUAAAGACAAUGAUACAGAACUGCUGGAAGGCCAGAAAAAGUUAAGGGGAAAUAUUCAUUCCAGUAUUCAGAUUUUUGAUGUCAAGGUUUUGACACAGCUGUCCCAGGGUUCAAGUCAUAGAUCAACAGCAACAGUCCAGGUCUGCAGCGGUUCCAUAAAUCUCAAAGGUGCUGUGAAGUGCAGAGCCUAUGUACAUAACAGCAAGCCAAAAGUGAAAGAAGCCAUUCAGGCUUUGAAGAGAGACAUAAUAAACACAUUGAGUGAUCGUUGUGAAAUACUGUUUGAGGAUCUCAUUAUGAAUGAAGGACAUUGUAAAAAAAAUUUUGAGAGAGUAUAUCAUGUUUUACCUCAAAGACUGUUUGUUCCUUUUGCUGGAUCCAGUGUGAUGCUCAGUGAUUAUAAGUUUGGUGAUGAGGCUGCUGGAGAAAUUCAGGAACGUUUUGUUGAGAUGUUGGACCAGUUUGUGCAAGCUGAAGAUAUCCAUAUAGCAGAGGAAGUUAACACAGUUGGUAUUUGUCCAAUUUCUGAAAACAUGGAUGAUACACAACAGAAACAACUGACGGAAGCAACACUGCUGUUGAAACUUCAACAAAAUAUGGGUGUGGUAAUAGCAAUUGCUGUUGCAGUCUUUGCAUCAGUCUUCUCUUUCAAUUACUUCAGCGACUAAAGUCGAGUGCAAGCAGCCUCACUGAAGUACUGACUGGUAAUCACAUUUAUACAGGAUGGAAACAUUGGGGUUUAAUAUACCAGUAGUUGAGGAUUGUUGCCUAAAAACCAUCAGCUAGAUGUGCAAUAUAAAUUGUUACAAUAUUUUUGGUUACCUUGUUCCAGCAUGCAAUUAAUAUACCAAGUAGCAGGUGAAUCAAAUUUAUACAAAACUAGUUAUGUUUCUCUUAUGUAAAUUAGUGAUAUUAUGAUCUAGAAAGUGUCCUUAAACCAACACAGAACCUCUAUUUUCCUCUAGCUUCUAAUUUUAACAUAAAAUGUUACUGCUGGUAUUUUUCAGGCUACUGGUAAUAUUAACAGUUACUUAGUAUGAAAAUUAUUACUUCAGGAGUUCUAUUGCUAAAAGAUAUCUCAUCUUAUUAAACUUAAUUAAGGGAAAAUUAGAUUUUAUGAAGCCAACGUCUCACCACGUGCACUUUUUAGAUAAUAUUGGUUUAACUAGCUUAAUAGUUACCUAAGUAAUUUCCAGUCGGCCAAUUCAGAUUGUAAAUAACUUAGUUUAAGACCUGGAGAACUCAAAAAUCAGAAAAAUGUGUAGAAUUUUGUGGAUUGCUGCCUUUUACCCUGUAACUUCUGGUGAUAAUAUCUCUGUCCUGAGCUAGGACAGAAAUCUGCAUCUAGGCAGCUGUUAAAGACUACUUUUUUUUAUAACUAAGCUGCCAAAAUUUGUUUGCUAGUCCUGAUUUUUAGACCAUAAGCAGAUAGCUUUCCAUGAUUAGAUAUUCUUCUGGGUAUAGUGGGCAAUGUCAUUAUCAUAAACUUGAUAUGAAGAAUGCAGGGGCAAGGAGAAGUUCUCAUAAAGUUAAUAAAGGUAAUUCAUAUAUGAAACAUGAUGUUUGCUUGGAUCUGAAUCAUUGUAGAAUAGAAUUUCAGAUUUUAGCACACUUAAAUAUCACUGCAGGUUUCUUCUUAGUGUAAAGCCAUAGGAACACUUAAAGAUUAGAUUCUAAAACAUAAUCAAGUAUGUAAGUAUGUAUUUGGAUACUUUCAAUAAAAGGCAAAAAUGGGAUGUAUGCAUUUCAAAUCUU